UUACAAAUUUAUGUUUUUAUGAAACAAUAGAGUAACCUCAUUAUUAAAAUUUUUUAAAGAGUAUUUUAACAAAAAAAAAAUUAUUAAAAAAUGAACGAUAAUCAAUUAUAUGAAAUGUUAGGUGUAAGUCGAACUGCAACAGACGCUGAAAUUAAAAAGCAAUAUCGAAAAUUAGCCAAGGAAUUUCAUCCUGAUAAAAACCCAGAAGCUGGUGAUAAAUUCAAAGAAAUCUCAGCAGCCUAUGAAAUAUUAGCGGAUCCUAAGAAGCGUGAUAUUUACGACAAAUAUGGAGUGAAAGGAUUACGUGAAGGUGCAGGAAGUUCAGGAUGUAGUCCUGAUGACAUAUUUUCACACAUAUUUGGAGGAGGGUUAUUCAGCGGUGGUGGUAGUCCAUUUAUGCGACGUACUCAACGUGGUGAAGAUACGGUACAUCCAUUAAAAGUGACAUUAGAGGAUAUGUACAACGGGAAAACAUCUAAAUUACAGUUAUGUAAAAAUGUGAUUUGUGUCACUUGUAAAGGUAAAGGGAGUCGAACUGGCGCUAAAGCUAAAUGCGAUAUGUGUCGGGGUACUGGUGUCAAAGUUGAAUAUCGUCAAUGGGGUUGGGGUGUUGAUAUGGCACAAAGAGUACAAUCAUGUUGUCCCAAGUGUAUGGGCGAGGGUGAAAUGAUCAAAGAAAGUGAUAAAUGCAUAACCUGUCGGGGUCAUAAAGUUUGUAAUCAAACUAAGAUACUUGAAGUUCAUGUUGAUAAGGGUAUGCGUGAAAAACAACGAAUAUACUUCCGUGGAGAGGGUGAUCAACAACCGGAUUGUGAGGCUGGUGAUGUUGUGAUUAUAUUAUCACAGAAAAAGCAUGAACGAUUCCAGAGACGUGAUGAUGAUUUGAUUAUGGUUCAUAAAAUAACGUUAACUGAAGCGUUAUGUGGCUUCCAAUUUGCUGUUAAACAUUUAGAUGGUCGUGAUUUAAUAAUAACACAUCCACCAGGUCAAAUAAUUAAACCUGGUGAUGUAAAAGGUGUUGUUGGUGAGGGUAUGCCAAUUUAUAAGAAUCCAUUUGAAAAAGGUAAUUUAUAUGUGAAAUUCUCGGUAACAUUCCCUGAGAAUCAUUUCCAAACAGAAAAUGUACUUAAGGAACUUGAAGCGUUCUUACCACCACGACCAAAAGUUGAUAUUCCAAUUGGUGAUGAUGUUGAAGAAGUUGAUCUUCAAGAUUGUGAGGAUGGACUUGAUUCCAGUAGUAGUGGCUUUAAUAAAGGCGAUCAUGAAGCUAGUGGUAGAGGUAGUGAUAGCCAUCUUUUACAAUGCGCUCAACAAUAAUAUUCUAAAAAUAUUUAGCAAUUAAAUUUUCUUAUUUAAA